ACAGCAGGCACAGUAGCAGCCCCCAUGGGCUCCACUGCCGGAUACUGACAGGUCGCAUGGCAGGGAAGGCCUGGGUGCCCCAGAGAGAGAGUGUGUAAGAGAAACUGAGAUCAAGCCAGGCGUGGGUCCCACAGAGAGAUCAAGAGGGGAAGAGGGACGCCAAAGGACAGAGACAGAGACAGUGUGAGAGAAAGACAGGGACCCAGGAACUAAGUGAGAAAGAAAUACAAACUACAUAAGAGCAGAAACACAGAGUCCGAGAGCUCAGACUGGAAAGCAGGGCAGGGAGGAGAGAGGCACAGACACAGAGACAGAGCAGCUCUCCCUCACCAGCAGUUGUUCGGUCUUACAAGGCCCUUCCCCAUCACCUCCAUUUACCCCACCCACUAGUCUAAGGGACCCAGAAAUCAAGACAGUGAUUAGAGACCAAGAGGCAGAGAAUGGUUGAGAGAAAGAGAUAAAGACUGGGCAAGAGGGAGACCCAGACAGGAUGUGAGAGGAAAGGAAACUACUGUGGGAACGAAAGAGGACUGAACAGAGAGAGAUGGCAGAGAGCGACAGUGUGGAAGAUGGACAGAAGGUGACCGUGAGAUGGCCAGCGGCACACAGCAAUGGUCAGACUCGGGCAACAGAGGUGGAGGAAGACCUGGGCUGUGCUCUAUCCUGCCAGUCCCCACGGCGUGGCGCGCCUCGAGUUUUUUGACCACAAGGGGUCGAACAAUGGAGGGGGCCGAGGGGGCUCGCGCCGCCUGGACUGCAAGGUGAUCCGCCUGGCGGAGUGUGUGAGCGUGGUCCCUGUGGCCGUGGACAGCCCCCCCGAGCCUGGCGCCGCGGCUUUCCGCCUGGACACCGCGCAGCGCUCCCACCUGCUGGCGGCCGACGCGCCGUCCAGCGCCGCCUGGGUGCAGACCCUGUGCCGAAACGCCUUUCCGAAAGGCAGCUGGGCUCUGGCGCCUGCGGAAAACCCACCCAAGCUUUCUGCCCUGGAGAUGCUGGAGAACUCGCUGUAUAGUCCCACCUGGGAAGGAUCCCAGUUCUGGGUAACAGUGCAGAGGACAGAAGCCGCUGAGCGCUGUGGCCUGCAUGGCUCCUAUGUGCUGAGAGUGGAGGCUGAGAAGCUGACUCUCCUGACCGUCGGGGCGCAGACUCAGAUACUGGAGCCACUCCUUUUCUGGCCUUACACUCUGUUGCGCCGCUAUGGCCGGGACAAGGUCAUGUUCUCUUUUGAGGCUGGUCGCCGCUGCCCUUCAGGCCCUGGAACCUUUACCUUCCAGACAGCACAGGGGAAUGACAUCUUUCAGGCAGUUGAGACUGCUAUUCAUCGGCAGAAGGUCCAGGGAAAGGAAGGUCAAGGGCAGGAGAGUCUGAAAGCCGACUCCCACGAAGGAGAAGUGGCAGAGGGGACGCUGGCAUCCCCGCCUGGCCCUCAGGAGCUCCUGGGCAGCCCUCCUGCCCUGUAUGCUGAACCCUUAGACUCUCUGCGCAUUCCUCCAGGCCCUUCCCAGGAUUCCCUGUACUCAGACCCCUUGGACAGUACUGCUGCUCAGGCAGGGGAGGGAGUACAGUUGAAGAAACCUCUUUAUUGGGACUUGUACCAGCACGUGCAGCAGCAGUUGCUGAAGGCCAAGCUGACGGACCCCAAAGAGGACCCCAUCUAUGAUGAACCUGAGGGCUUGGCCCCAGCUGCUCUCCGGGGCCUUUAUGAUCUGCCUCAGGAGCCCAAGGAUGCAUGGUGGUGCCAGGCUCGGGUGAAGGAGGAGGGUUAUGAGCUCCCCUACAACCCUGCCACUGAUGACUACGAGGUGCCACCUCCUCGGAGCACAAAGCCUCUCCCAGGUCCUAAGCCCCGGGGCUUAGCCCUCUCUGAACCUGGAGCUGCAAUGGGCAAUGGCAGCAAGGGCCACAGCGCAGACACUGCCUUGUACAGCCAGGUCCAGAAGAGCAGUGCCUCAGGAAGCUGGGACUGUGAGCUGUCUAGAGCAGGGGCUAACAGGACUGGAGUCCAGGCAGAAGGCUCCACGUGAGAGGUAGGGUGAGGCGGGGGUUGCUGAUAGGACCCCCACAGGGAGGUGGUACUGGGGAUCAAAGAAACGUAUUAGAGCCUGCAGGAACCAGAGGGCUGGAGGGUCCCCUGUAAGCCAGCCCAGGGGACCAGAGGGAUCAGGGGAGUCAGGGGAAGGAUGAUCAAUCUCAAGAAGUCCUGGAAGUGGGACAGAUGGCAGAGGUGAAGGAUGGGGCCUGAGAGAGACCAGCACCCCCAAGUCAUCCUCCCCAAAGGAAUGGACAGCUGCUGGACCAGGUCUAUGACAAUGGGGGCUUUGUCUGGGUUGGUACAGUUUGAGGGGGCUGAAUGGAGGCUACAGGGUGAUGCUGGACUGUGCCUGGAUCGUCACCCCUGUUUUGUUCUUUGCCAGAGACAGAUUUUAAGAAGUUUAUUCUCAUUAAAGUCAGCUUGGGUUUAAAAGGUC